ACCAGAUCCCAGAGGCUGAACACCUCGACCUUCUCUGCACAGCAGAUGAACCCUGAGCAGCUGAAGACCAGAAAAGCCACUAAGACUUUCUGCUUAAUUCAGGGGCUUACAGGAUUCUUCAAAGAGUGUGUCCAGCAUCCUUUGAAGCAUGAGUUCUUACCAGCAGAAGCAGACCUUUACCCCACCACCUCAGCUUCAACAGCAGCAGGUGAAACAACCCAGCCAGCCUCCACCUCAGGAAAUAUUUGUUCCCACAACCAAGGAGCCAUGCCACUCAAAGGUUCCACAACCUGGAAACACAAAGGUUCCAGAGCCAGGCUGUACCAAGGUCCCUGAGCCAGGCUGUACCAAGGUCCCUGAGCCAGGUUGUACCAAGGUCCCUGAGCCAGACUGUACCAAGGUCCCUGAGCCAGGUUGUACCAAGGUCCCUGAGCCAGGCUACACCAAGGUCCUUGAGCCAGGCAGCAUCAAGGUCCCUGACCAAGGCUUCAUCAAGUUUCCUGAGCCAGGUGCCAUCAAAGUCCCUGAGCAAGGAUACACCAAAGUUCCUGUGCCAGGCUACACAAAGGUACCAGAGCCACGUCCUUCAACGGUCACUCCAGGCCCAGCUCAGCAGAAGACCAAGCAGAAGUAAUUUGGUGCACAGACAAGCCCUUGAGAAGCCGACCACCAGAUGCUGGACACCCUCUUCCCAUCUGUUUCUGUGUCUUAAUUGUCUGUAGACCUUGUAAUCAGUACAUUGUCACCCCAAGCCAUAGUCUGUCUCUUAUUUGUAUCCUAAAAAUAUGUACUAUAAAGCUUUUGUUCACACACACUCUGAAGAAUCCUGUAAGCCCCUGAAUUAAGCAGAAAGUCUUCAUGGCUUUUCUGGUCUUCAGCUGCUCAGGGUUCAUCUGAAGAUUCGAAUGAAAAGAAAUGCAUGUUUCCUGCUCUGCCCUCAUUAAAUUGCUUUUAAUUCCA